AGUCAUCCAAAAACGGCCUUUCAAUGUGAGAACUUGGGGAGCCGAAGAAAAUGUCGGUGGCAUCGCAGUAAAUUACUAAAGCAGCGAGGCUUUAGAGGGAAAAGUUGAGUAAAAGUGUUGUUUUUUGGGACUAAAACUCUACGCCGCAGCGGGACGAAGAGCAGCUCGGUCGGUUUGAACGAGGUGUGAGCACCAAAUACAGCAGUUUUGGUAAGUUUUAUCCCCCAUGCAGUCCAUGUUUUUACGGUGUGAACGCUCCUUACAAACACUUCUUUCUUUUUUCGAUCAACGUAGCAGUUUUGCUCUUUGUUUGCAGUCUGGUCUAACUCAAUUGCAACUUUUUUUACGAGAAACUUUGAUAGAAGUUGCCGGAUAACUAGUUAAUUCUGGUUUGUACUUAGCUACAUUUACUUCGUUAUGUCCAUCGUAUUCAAGCUUAUAAAGCCACCAACAGACCUCAGAUAUCCCGCAGUUUAUUCACUGAAAUGGACGUGGUCGUCGUGUUUUUCUGCUUUAGACUAACCUUCUAUAAGAAACGUUAACUUUGCUCUCGCGACGUAGCCUGUUGUUGAUUGGAUGAGCUCUGCGUCCAUGUUUUCCAAAGUUUACCUCAAUUUUCUGCCUCUAUCUGUGGACUAAUACGGAGCAAUGCGUGCGUUUGACAAGAAACACGCCUUUUGUGACACGAUGUGUGGAUUUCUUGUUGUGUUUUUUGGCAUACGUGUGAUUAUUUUAGAAAAUACGUCUGCGUUUUUUAGGCCGCAGCCUAUAGUCGCUGCUAUAGGGUAACAGAAAACAGACAUGGUGAGCCCUGCCAGAUUUACCCCGUAUUGUCAUCAGGGGAGAGCAGGGGAACAGUGGAUAACACAGGGAAGGAACAAAAAUGACAAUAUUACAUGAUGUGGCGUAAUCUUUUCAGACAUUUAAGAUCUUUUCCAUCUGUUGAAUGCACAAAACGCCUGGAAUGAAUUGAAUUGUUUGUCUAGAGAGAACCAUAACAACCCUACCUGAGGGCAUUUCUAUAGUCCCACUCCCCCACACCAAAGUCUGGUGUAAAAAUAACCUAAUUAAAGCCUCCCAUAAAGUGACAGCUGCUCAGUGCAGCCAGGAAUGCAGCAUCAGGAGCCUCUGCAGAUAUCACCCUUUCUCUCACUCAUUCACGUCUGAUUUUAAUGAGAAAAUGUUUGUCUUAAUCCCCAUGUUGCUAAUGAGCUGUUGGGCCGGGGGUGUCACUCACUGAGAAGGGGGACAGUGGAGGAGAGGAGGGGGGUAUUAGGGACAUGGAGGAGUGCCUGCAAGAACAGCCGCAGGGGCUCAAGUUUCCAACCCCAGGUGUCGUUUUUGUUGUUUGGAUUACAUUCUGCCUCCGCUGCCUCGCAUGGAAGAACCAGUGACAGACAUGGCAUCAGACAAGAGGGCCUGAUUGUUCCCCCUGAAUCAAUGUCACUUGGAUUAAAAGUCGAAACGAAUGGCCUGGCCUCCUCCAAUUAGGUGCACGGCUUAUAAGGGAAUUAAUUGGUCUCAGUAAGAAGGAGCCUCUUGUUGUUUGGUUGCAGGGAUUGUUGUUGUUGUUGAUCAUCUCUGGCAGGCGGCUCCAUCAAAGUUGGACUAAUUGAUUCCAGUCUGAUUAUCUGCUUGUUUCUCACACUGUUCGGCCCCUUUGAUUACUGAGUCGGGGCCUUGGAUCGGAAAACACCAUUAUGAGAGGACGUGAGCAAUCUUGCGUUUCAUAUCACAGAGUAGUUAAUUGUCAGGCAGCUACAGCAACUCACUUUUUCUAAAUCCUACGGCCGUACUGUGCAAUAUACAGUGAAAAACGCAGCAGUCUAGACACAAUUCAUCAGGUACCACUACUUCAAAUCCCCAGUGGAGAGCUCAUACUAAUAUGAUUUUAAAUCUGGAAUACUGAGUUCUUUCUCUGGUCAUUUCUAUCAAUUUUGAAGCAAAAGUACAUGGUUUUAUUUUUGUUAUCAAAACUGUGAAAUACUUGACAUUUUAAGGCUAUAGGCAAAUUUCAAUAUGCCGUCCUCUGGUCUCGUAACUAGUGUUAAUAAAGGGCUAAUUUCAUGCCAGUAAAGUGCUCUAAACUAUCACUAAGUUUCUUGAUGAGCAUAAUGACACAAUGUUUUUUCUUACUCAGGGCAUUUUGAUGAAUGAAACUCUUCCAGUGUGCAGCUCCAAACCAAAACAACGUAGAAGAGGAGCAAAUUGUGCCCUUAAGGUGUCCGUAAAGAUCCACAAACUAACUGCACACAGGAAACUUAUUUUGUCGUCUGCGGUUGCGUGAUAUGUGUCAGAAUUUAGGGGCCACAUAUUUUUGUUGUCCUGUUACCACCAGCUGGAUUUUUUUACAGUGUAGCUGGAACCUAAAAUCACAUUCGAUUGAUCUUGGUUACCUGCCAAACAGACGCGUUGUGGGGACAAAAGCUGCCAGUUUUCCACUAUUUGCCUGCAAGUACGAAGAUAGUUUUCUUCCAGAGUGUAGGAGCUGAGUUUUCAUGUGUGUUAAAAGCUUUUAAAGGAAAGUUACUGUGUGGAUUUAGGUUCGAAGCCAGCUGCAGUAAGCUGUCUUGCUCAUAUUUUACAGCCAAACUGAGCUGUGAUGUCAGAUAUGAAUGGAAGGAUACAGGCCUGUGGUGUUUUCACAUCUGGAUAUAAAGCAGAGUCUUAAGUUGGAGAUUGGUUUAAAGAUACACUUCGUAGAUAACAAACAUCCGUCAGUUCCUUGAGGACUGCUCUAACUGCGCUGAUUUUGAGUUUUUGCGGCCCUGAGCUUUGACUAGGUUUCCCAAAAAGCAGCAUUGUUAUUGUAAGGGGUGUAACAUUGGAGUUAAUCGACAAAAGAGAAAAAAAACCUCCUUCCUGAGGGCAUGCUUUCAUCUGUAUGACAGCGGGUACAUUCAUGCAGUCAUAACAGCCUGCAGGCAGAAUCUAGGGGCCUUUUUCUACACAUAUGUGUGCUUGAGUGAUAGCUCCUGUCCAAUCGGGAUUAUCUCUUUGCACUGGAAUGUGUUGCUUGUCACCUGCACGGUCAUUUAGAGAUUACAGCAUUAGAAGGAAUGGAGUAUUUUGAGCUAAAUAACUUCAGCACAAGUUUUUGCAUGAGCAAGCAAAUUUGCCAAAUAAGCCUGCUUCAUUUCCCCGGACGUUAUUGGCUCGUUGACAUACUGCGCAUUAGUCCUCCAGUGCUGAGAGAUUGGAGAUUCGGGCUCAGGGCUCGCGCCCCCAGGAGGGUUUCUGUGUCCAGCCAGACAUUGGAUAAGCUGAGAGGGACACCUGGAGCGGCAGGUGGCCGGGGUCCAGGCCCCUCCCCUGGGGCUGCAUACCUCUGUCCUCCUGAUCCUCCCUGUCAGCCAGGACCACAGAGAGCGAAAGACUGUGAGGGGGGAGGAAUGUGAGGGGGGGGGGAGUGAAGGAGAAAGUUCUGACAGAAGGUUGGAGGGUCUGAUUAAACAGGCCGCCAUCAAAAAGAGUGAGAUCAUUGAGGCUAGGACGAGGAAAGAGGUUCUGAAGGAAGGAGGGAGCGAAAAGGGAGCAUCUUGACUUUUAGAUUAAUAUUCAAUGGCCAUAUUUGAAUGCCCGUAUUGAUGAUAUCUGUAUCAUUAACAUAAUCACCUAUUCAUAUGUUGUCUUUUGAGCCUAAUAAAGAUUAUCCAAAGCCUCCUAACUAGUUGAGCCGAUUGUUCCACUACUUAAAGUCAAAAUUAAGAAGCCCUUGAUUGGAUAAUGAAGUUACCCAGGCCACACUCUCGCUCAUUCUCUCGCUCGCUCUCUUACAUGCAAACACAAACACACACAUUGUCAGGCCGGUGUGAGUGCUGUUAAGAUCAUUGAUCAACUCCAGACUCGAGAAGAAAGCAGCAAGUGUGUGUAGACAAACAAGCCCUGUGUGUGCAAAGCAGAUAUUUGGACAAAGAUUAGGGGGUGUUAUUACGAGCCAAGAGCAACCCAGACGCUCUAAUAGAUCACUCACACACAGGCUGGAGAUUGCACUCUGACUGGAGCUGAAUUAAAGUCACUUUCCUCAAAAAUUGGUCUCAUUUUGGCUCGCUUCUGUGGACUUCUAAGGUCUUUGAGCGCACUUGAAUUCCUUUUAUGUGCUGUAUUAAUGACAGAGCGGUGUAUUCCCCGUUUUGAGCAUGUGCAAACGGAACAAUAAAAAGCGCCAGAAAGACAAAAACGUAAAGGAAUCUGGCUCGUGUUCCAGGGCUUUAACCAAUAAUCAGAUUGAAAGUGUUGCCCCAGAGAGAAGAAAGUCAUCAUUGAAGAAUGUCAAACUGGCAGGAGAAGACAUGAUACAACAGAAUAAAUCACCGGGCUCCAGAUUAGUUCGUUAUUGGGCCCCUGAGGUUAUCACAGCUGGAAUUUUCCAUUGACAGCCCUCUUCUGUACUCUGUCCAAAUCGCGUGUAAGUAAGUAAGUAAGUGUGUGUGAGGUUUUAUUUAAAAUUUCAGAGUCCCCCCCCAUUCCUGAGGAUAGUGCACAUCUGAGACUGUGAGUGACGGGACAAAUGGCAGCUCGUCUCACACACAAAUCCAGCAUCUGACACUGAAGGCUUUCUUUGAAACGAGCCUCCUCCAGCUGUUUCUGCUCUUGAGAAUCGCUUUCAGACCAGCAGCUUUCACUUUGAAAACCGUGGAGCUUGCAGUCAGGAGUCGGUUGCACCAUCUCAUUCCCCCUUCACACCCUCGUUUUCUGUUUAAUUUCCUGCUUCUUCUCUAUUUUCCUCUUUCUCUUCAUAGCUGCUUUUCCCAUAACUCCAGACCUUCUCCAUUCCCUCAUCUCUCUUUCCGCUCUCCUUUCUGCCUUAUCUCAGUUUCCUAAUGCGCUCUCGUAUCUGUUUUUCAUAUAAUAUUUCACUCUCUGCUUUUCUCUUCCUUCCUUCGUCUCCCACUGAGACUUCUAGCCUCUCUCUCUCUCUCCCUCUCUCUCUUUUCCCUCCUGGUUCCUGCUGAAUAAUGGGGAGAAAUUGCUCUUGAUUUAUAAUUGGUUCCAUUCACUCUGAUGCAUGAGCUGCCAAAAGAGUUUGGGGGCCCCUUUUACCCCUCCUCCCUCGCCUCCUCCUCCUCCCUACGAUGCAGGAACACACAAGGAGAGAGGGCUGUGUGUAUGUACAGCUAUGAAAGUCUAUAUUAGCAUGCAUGGGCGCAGUGGUGAGGAUGCAGUGUAUCUCUCAGUCCGCAGAUAAGUGGUAGUCUGUUAUUUUAUGCGUGUUGGAAAAACUUCCUGAGGUCUGCAUAUUUAUGUGCCUCUGUGAGUACACUUUUACCAUGUAAUCGUAGUUUGUGUGAUUGCUUGCUUAUGUGUCAUAGAGUGUGUGUGUUCGUGUGUGUGUGUGUGCAGGGAGAGGACAGGCAGGGAAAGAAUAGUUGUGGCUAAAUGAAAUAUGUAACUCUGAGUGUGUGCGUGUGUUAUUAUGCUUACUAUGGCGUUCAUCUGGCUAGUUCUUUCUUUCUUUCUUUCUUUCUUUCUUUCUUUCUUUCUUUCUUUCUUUCUUUCUUUCUUUCUUUCUUUCUUUCUUUCUUCCUUCCUUCCUUCCUUCCUUCCUUCCUUCCUCCCUUCUACCACUCACCAGGGUGCUUCUAUCUCUUCAUCUCUCCCAUGCCUCAUCAUCUUUCUAUCUUUUUCAUCUUUUCCUUUAUCAGCCUAUCUCUCUGUUCUUUCGUCCAUCUCUUCAUCCUUCUUUUUUUCCAUUAUCCACCUCUCCUGUCCCUUUUCACUCCAGCUACCUAUCUCCACCAUAUCUUUCUAUUCUUCUUUCCCCUCUCCACCAUUCAUCUUUCCUCCUUUCUUUUAUCAAUUCUUUCAUUUCUUUCUUUUCUCCUUCAUCCCUGGUAUCUUUUUUCCCCUCAUCUAUCCACUCUUUUUUUUCUUUUCCACCUGACCACCCAUCUUGCUGUCUUUUUAACCUCCUUUUUUUAAUCAUCUAUCCUCCCCUCUGUUAUCCAUCCUUUCAUCCCUCCGAUCUGAUUGGCUGCUGUUCUCCUCAUCACCGUUAGAUCCAUCCAUCCUUCAGUCCUGAUGAUCAGCUCCUGUUCCCAUGGCCCUGGCAUGCAUGCUGGCACCCCUCACCAGGCGGAGGAAUGUGUGUGUGUGUGCGUGUGCGCACCGUGGCUCAGUAAUUAGCUCUCCGUGGUUAAUUCGCUUUCGUUAUCUAAAUUAUGCAAAUGCUUCGGUGCCUAAUUGAUUAGAACGCCCCCCUCCUCUGCUCAGCCAGCCUGUCCACAUCACUCUCGUUAAUCCUCGAGACACUCUGUAGCUCGUUAGCGUUGGUACGGGGGGACACAGGGGGGGUUUGGACGAGCAUAUAGCUUGUUAAUACCUUGUGAAGCGUGUGCAUAUGUGUGUGUCUGUGUGCUGCGAUGGAGGAGAAGGAGGGGUGAGUCCUGAACCUCGUUAGGGAUGCUUAGAUGCUUUUGAUGUGUAAUUUUAUGGCAUGAGAACGAGCGAUGUCUCGAGUGGAGGAUUGGAGGAUUUGGACUGGCCCCCUCUCCACCUGUUGGGCCGUGUUUUCAUGCCAAGAUAAGACUCCAGAAGGUUCUCUUGUGUCCGGGAAAGCCUCGGAGCAGUGAAGAGAUGGAUGGGAAAAGGUUUAAGAUUUGUUCCCUGCCAGAUUUUUGCUUGUGUGAAGUACAGCAGAGAGAUUUUCCACCUCGGCCUCCUGUUUUAUCAGUGGUACUCUGAAAUAGAGAAAGUCCUACCCAGCAAUUAAACGUUAUUAAGCAGCCGUUCCAUACUUUUUAAAUCCUUGUGUAAUAUCAGAUAAAAGCUGAAAACUUCUGCAAAUAUGAAAAUCCCUGCUCACAUGAAUGGCCUAAACACUGACACAUCAAUGAUGCCUAGUACCAGUUUUAACAUGAUAUCUGUGUGAAGUAUUUUAAAGCGUUGGAAACAGAUAGCAAAGUUUGUGAUGCUUUUAACGGACAUGUGAUUUGAUAAGGAGCAAAAUAAAAACACUUCUUUGACACUUCAGCUGAAAAAUAGUGCAGUAGCCACCCAAAAGUUGGGAAAAUUACCAAGACUAGUCAGGAAUCUCUUUGGUCCUGUGUGUGAUGCAGGCUUCUGCGGGCUUAUGUUGUACUUAGUUUGGUCUCACUAUUGCCAUCAGCUAAAAUCAGGCAAAAAAAAAAAAAACCCAGAACAAUCUUGUGCAUCCCUAUUUUCUAUGUUGACAUUGGCACCCCCUGUGGACAGAGCAGUACCUGACAUAAAUAAGCUUUAUUUGUUAGUCAGAAUACAACAGAGUGUAACAAAGCCCAACAAACCAUCGAACUAAACCAGCACCAUGACAGGAGUUCAUGUAUCUGUCAUAAGCGAUGUAACAUACACAUACCCUCUCCCUAAACCAACAGGCAUAAAGACAAAAGGGAAGUAAAGUUAAAAAUACUUUAAAUUGGAUUUGUAUUGACCUGAUUUCAUAAAGGCUACCCAAGAGUGGGAACGAUGAUUGGCUCGCUUUUAUCACCGUUUUUUUCCAAGGAGAAUGAAUCAACCUGGUUAGUGCACUGAUGAAUACAAGGAGGAUCAUCAUGUUUCCACUUAGAUGUGAUUUACUUGUUGGCAGCAAAGCUUAAGGAGAUUUACAUCCUCAGACAUCAUUGUCUAAGCUUGAGGUAAGACCACAUCAUCUGCAUGAGCGUAUCGGUCCCUGGUUUGCAGCAGGCGGAGAGAGGAUAACUCAGUUUUAAUGUGGCUCAGUCUCUCAGGUGUAACAUUCACUCCACAGAAGUCAGUUUUAUAGUUUUUAUCUGUUUUUAACAGACAAGAAAUGAUUCAACAGAUUCAUUUUAUGGUAAUGCUUUUAUGGUUCAUAUGGACUCAUAAGUUAUUUUCAAAUCUCUUAAUAGCCAGUUAAACCCUCAUCACAGGAGCCUGAAUUACCUGUUGUAUGUACUGAGUAGAUCCAGGUCUUGCUGUGUACCAAUUUGAAAAUGUUGAUGAUUGAACUAAUGGGAGGAUUUGGUUCUGAUUUUAUGAUUGAUCCAUUUGUUGGUCAACCAAAAGUAACUCGUGUAAUACAUUUAUGAAGCCACAGGAUUGAUGGCUGUAGCUUCUGUUGUAAAAACUUGUACUUUUCUGUCUUUCAUCAUUAUAGUUUAGAACCUGUCCAUUAAAGACUUCAAUCUGCUGGUAGAAUCAUUUGCCAAAGUUUUGGUAAAAAGCCUUAAAUUUUCAGUUCCAGUGUGAUUUUUUUUUGUGACUUUUUUCUGGAUUUUGACAGUGUUGGUUGGAUUAAACUUAUUACCUCUAACCAAAUUUAUGUUGAAUAAGAUUACUAAUAAUGCUUUAUUGGUGCCCUGGAUCCAAUAUUUUUGAACCCAGUAAAGAACCUAAAAGGCUUGGACUUCUAAAAUGUUGUUGUUCGACUGUUUUUGGAGAAUUUUUUAGUCAGUGUGAGGUUAAAAAAAAUCAUUUCCUGUUGAACGUAUAUCUUAUCUUAAACUGAUAAUGUCCACUGUCAGUCUUUUCCUUGAUUCCCCAGUCUCUUUCUCCUCUAGUUGUCUUGUUGCUCUCCUGUGUGAUGGUCUGUUGGUAAACCAUGUGUGUAGUUGAUUUGUUCAACAACCUCCGGACCCUCCUCAUCCUCCUGAGGUCUGCACAAACCCGGGCCAAACCAAGAGACCAGCAAACAGAUUGAGGGAGUGGGGUGAAAAUAUGUUGGGACAUUGAGCGGCGCUCUCACACACGCUCUCUCAAACACACCCUCUCAUUGACGAGGCCCUGCUCUCUCCUCCUGCUCGCCCGUCGGUUGACAUCCUCUCUAUUAAUUUGAGUAGCCGUUCUGCUUUCUCAGUCAACCUCUCCACCCCCCUCCUCUCUCUGCCUCCUAAACCCCCUUCACCCAUCUCACAUCAAUCCAUAAAGGCACUCACCCCCUCCUCCUCCUCUUCUUCUUCCUCUCUUGCUCCCUAAACUCUCAAACCUCUUGGUCAUGGAGCCCCCCCUCUUCUCUUUGGUUAUUGAGCAGGGCCCAUCAGCUCUUCCCUGGGCCCUUCAGAGUAGCGUCUCCCCUUUCUCCAGGGGUCCGCGGGGUCUUUGUCCGUGCGCCGGCUCACUGCUUUACAAUGACUCUCCACUCUAUUAAGGUGCGUUCUGCCUGUUAGCGUCGCCAGGGGCAACUGGCCUCCCGCAUGGCAGCUAUGCAGCAUGGCAUUGUGGGCCCCGGGCCCAAGCGGGGGCAGUUGAACCCCCGGCACUCCUCACACUUGACACCGCAUGUGUUUAUCUAAAGGGGGGGCUUUGUGGUGUUUGGAGAACCUCGAGGGAAGGAGGCGAAGGAGGGGGGGUGUAAAAAGACGUAAAACUGAGUGAGGAGGGAGGGAUGGGUAAGAGGGGAGUUUGGGGAGGUGAUAAAUAUUCAACAGCUCAGCUCCUCAGAAGGAGUUACUACCCUGCCACCCCUCCACCACCUCCACCCUCACCCCCCUCUCCUCCCGUGUGUCCUCUUCAUGCCAGAAAGCAGAUGGAAUGUGAGCGCUCAGGGAGGAGGCUCCAGUCUGGUUUUAUCCAAUUAGCAGGGUUGUCAAAAUGAAUUUAUCCACGGAGGCAGGGGGACAAUGGGACUGGCAGUGGCUCCGGGAGAACAGGGGCCCCGGUGUCUUUACUUAGCACGCUCACAAUGAACUUCUGUCAAGUGACUCUCUCACACAGCGACAUAUAAGGCACUCGCAUACCUACACUCAUGAUGCAUGCCUGCACACCACCGCAGCAAGCUGGGACGCUUUACUGGUCCUGUCCCCCCCUUCAAUCCUUUGCAUGACAUACACACCAAACAUGGACACACACCUGCAACCAAGGCUGUUUCUAGGUACUUUGAAUCUGACCCAAGUCUGGAGUUCUUGUAGGUAAUCUGUGGAUCCAAAAAGGACUCAUUUAAACCCCCUUUUGCUGAACUAACACAAGGAAGGGGAUUACCUUGGAAACAAGACUAAAUGUAAAGGCGCUGUCAAAAAAAAUACCUGCACUCAUCUGCAACUCAAAGAUGUUUUCAUGUUUUCAGAGCACAUAUCUGAUAAGAUGUAGCCACCUGUCGCAGAGGCUGGAUACUGGGGUUGUUUUUUAUGUCUCUGGGAUCCUUCAAUACACUCCUUCAAGAGUUGUAAUCCCGCAAACUUGACAAAAAAGUGGCUUUUUCUGAUGUGUACAACGUCAAAGCAGUUAGACAAGAAAUUAAAAAACUAAAACUAAAUUCACUGUAAAGUUGACAGAACGUCAAUAUAUGAAUGGCUCAAAACCUGACAAACCUGAAUCUAUAAAAACACAACCUUUUUAAUAUCAUGGAGUUAAAGAAGUAAAAGAGAAAGACAGAUAAGAGUAUAUAUUAACCAUAUUUGUUAUGGAUUUGCAAUUGCAUUAUAAAAAGUAAAUGGAAAAACAGCAGUCAGCUCAAAGAGGUAAAAAAUGGUAAUCAUUAAGGUGCUUUCUGCAGAAGUGGGUCCUGGUUCACAGUAGUCCGUAGUCAGUUACUCAACAUGAUUACAGGAACGGUUUUGCUCUAGUGUAAUCAUAUCUCUGCUCCAAACCAGCAAACUCAAGCAGUUCACACACGUCUCCUCGCUGCACUGUCACUGAAAUAUGUUUUGAUACCACAAAGUGUUGUGCCACGCAGCAUUGUUCCUCACUGAAAUAAAACAGCCCCAGACUCACAUUAACACACACACACACACACAUACACACACAUUCUCCAGCUUCUUGAUUUAGGGGACCUGUCUGUGCGUUCUGCUCUGGUUUUUAUCAGUCUCGCUGAUGCGUAGGAGGCUCUUCUCCCCCUCUCUGUCUGUGUCUUCUCUGGGACGGAUGGAUGGAAAAAGUUGGACAUAGAUGUCAGGCCAACUUUUCAUCUUGAGGCAGGGUAUCUGCUAAGCAAACACAGGACCCAGCUGACUUAUGAAUCAGUCGGACAGACGGGCCGAGAAGAGGGAGGCUGUUUUUGAGGGAGUGAUGAUUUAUGUGGGGCCUUCUCAUACCACUGUUGUAACAAAGCUCCAUCUCUGCUCCUGCGUCUUCUUCUGUCUCACUUACAAAAAUGUGACAUGGAAGAAGCGCUCGCUGGCGAAGUAGCGUGUCCCGCUGUGUGUGCAGUUGGCAGGCAGGCUGGUGUGGUUUACGGUUAGAGACCCUCACAGCCGGAACAGGUGCUUGAUACAGAUGUAUGUGUCGUUUAUGGGCAGCUGUCCCGGGUUGUGUCCAUACAGGGACCAGCCUCAGAAGCCACAGACCUCCAGCUUUACUCGCUCCUGGUUCAACAGUAGCUGGCUGUUUGUUUACAGAGGGAGCCCACUGCUAAUGGAGCCCUUUGAGUAGUCAAGGAGGUAACUGGCUAUACACAUCAAGCCCGAUGCAAUUUUGCAACUUUCCAGGGGAAAAAGACGCAUCCCAGGGAAGACUUUUCACGGCCUCUGAUUGGCUAGAAAAGCUGGAAACGUCAUCACACGCUCAAGCCAAAUGGUCAGCACUUAUAGCCAAUCAGAGGCGAUAAGAUAAGCACAUGAAACUAUGUUAACAACCGUUAGCUUACGUUAGCACAGAUGAAAGUUAAAACAAAGACGUUUAGCAAACUGUUAAAGCACACAAACCAUCGUCAUAUGAGAAAUCCGACGCUAUGACUCUCCACAAGUUGUCCUUCAGGUCGUUAUCUUUGUAAUAUUUGUGUCUUUUAUCAAAAAGCACUCUGUUCUCCGACACGUUAACAAUCAGCCGGUCGGCCAUGUUGGAUAUACCGGUGAAUCAGACGUUGCAACAACACACAAUCUGAUUGGUCAGAAGUGAACACACAGUAUGCGAAACUUUAGAAAAAUUGACCGUGAUCUGAAGCAUUAAAUGCCACAAUAUUGCAGGACGGGAAAACGUCACUGAUGUAAACGCUUGUAUUGAAAGGAUACAGGUUCGGAAAAAAAAUAUUGAUGUCCGAAAUAAUCGCAUGACAAAAACAGACCUUUAAGGAAACGUGGCUGCCAGUUUGUGCCUAUGACCUCUCCGACCACCACCACACAACACUUUACAAUCAAACACCAGUGGCAGACACACACUGGGAGCAAGGUGUCCUGCCCAAGGACACAAAGUACAGACUCGGGAUAGGGGGGAAUCGAACCACCAACCUUCCAGUUAUUGGACGACCGCUCUCCCUCCUAAGCUAUUGUUGCCUAAACCUGUCCUAAUUGAAUUUACUCUCAUAGCUCUCAUCUUGUAAGGUGUAGUUAAUAUUUAAAGCACAAUAGACCCCAAAACCAGUUUCAACUGCUGGUAAAACUCACAACAAACAAGCAUGCUAACUUAGCAGCCAGCUAGCACACAUUCAAGAGCAUUCAGCGGCUAAUCAGCAAGAUGCUAGUUAGCAAAACAGAGCAAAGACAAGAGGGCUAGUGUUUGUGUGCAGAGGCUAUUGCCCUUGUCCUUGCCUUCUGGUUGCUAACUUCACUUUAGAGGUAAUAAAUGAACAAUUACGCUAUACUUCUGCACAGAUCGUCCUCAUGAAUAAUAACUUUAUUGCUCUGUAUAACUUUCUUUUACAACCUUCACUGUGUUCACGGUCGUUCGUGUCUCGAUCAUUAAGAAUCUUCAUAAUGUGAAAUUAAAAGUAAUAACGUGCGGCUAUGUGUGACAGCUUUUUCCGUCAGCCUGCUGCUUUGCUCAUUUUCAAUAAACGUGCCAGUCAGCUAAACAGUUUCACUGCUGCCAUUAGAUGAUGGAGGUGCUGUGCAAAAGUUUCCACUCUCUUUCUGUCCUGCUUUGGCCUCUUAUGGGUGUGUGUUAUGCGAGCAGUCCCCGGUCUCAGAGUGUCAUUAAUCAUCCACUUGCCAAAAUAAGAUUAGGACAAAUAUGUAUGAGAAAGUUUUUCUGCCUAGUCCAUUUUUACUUUAUCGAUGUAGGCCGUUUUUUUUUCCCUUCUUCUCUCGAGUAUGUGCAUGUUCAGCUACAUGCAUGUGUAAGAGAGCAAGCUGGAGAAAUAAAGAUUCAGUUUUGCAGGACCACCCUCCUCAUCCUGACGGGAAGUUGUUAGUUUAACCUGACAGGAAAGAAUUUGGGAAACUUGGCAGCAGGCGACAAGGGAGAGAGAAAAGCUCCCUUCUCUGCAUUAACUGUUAAUAGACUGACCAUUACCAUCCUCUUCUCCAUUUUCCUCCCAAUCCAUCCUACCUCCAUCUCACGCACACUCCCUCCCCACUCUGAUAUAUAUUCCCUCCCUCGCCCCCUCUCCCCAUCCUGCCUCUCAUUAGUUGUUCUUUGUCCCGACUCCUGAAUGCACCCUGUGUGUUUUCCUCUGCCCCUUAACUCUCCCUCCCUCCUCCUCCCGGACCCUCUACCUGUAUCAGUUACACCUGAGCGGGAAGGUGGAGGGGUCGGGUUACAGCCCGCAGAAUGAGGGCGCCCCUUUGAUGAACACACUCUGGAUGGGUGCGGGUGCAGGCGGAGGAGAUGGGGUCAGCGGUGAGAUGGGGGCUGACAGAAAAGAAAGGCUUUAUUUGUGUUUGGAGUUUCUGCUGCUGAGGGUGCUGCAGAGUGCACCGCCUCGCCCGGGUUGUGUUUUGCUAAUGUCUGCCUGUUUGUAUACGUGUGUGUAUGUAAGAUAAGUUUUUGUAUGGAUCAAGAUUGAUUGUUUAGAUGGAUGAUGUCGUUGUGUUUUGGAGGUUUUGUUUUCCGUUCACUUCUGUGGGUGUGUGUUUGUUUCAGUCAGAAGAAAGUGGUUUAUGCUGUUUGUUUGGAGAGAACCAAGUUUGUAAAUGAACCACUGACCUUUUUCUCCUUCUUCUUCUUCUGUGUGUGUGUAACAGGGGGCAGUGUAUGGAAGAUGUCUGGAAAGACAGACUGGACUCAGUGGAUGAAAAAGAGAAGAGCUCCAGUGUUGUGUGCUCUGGGAGUCGUUCUGCUAUGCUGCCUACAGAGCAGCGCCUCUCUCACCGGUGAGUACAAACUCCGAUUUUCUCUAUGAAGAAACAACCUUAAGAAAAAUGAUCAAAACUUUCCAUGUCAGUCUCCUUCAAAUAUGCAUUACUGACUUCUUCUGCCCUUACUUUAUGAAUGACCUUACUCUAGUUUCCAAACACCUGGCGCAGGGUAACUCUUGCAGGGUACUAAAUAUCCUGGCUCUGUCACAGGUGGGAGAUGUUUGUACGUGUCUGGCAGGAAACGCAGAAGUUUAUUUGAAAUGAAGAAGUUGGUCGUUUUCAUGAGCUGCACAAGCCAACUCACAAAGACUGGAGAAGAAAAGCUGUGUUGUAUGUCGAGUUGUAACAAAAAGACCUUCGACUGAUUAUUCGAUGAAAAAGAUCGAUUGGCGAUCCCUUUUUUUUGCCGAGGACAAAGCCAAGAAAAUGUCAAAAAUGCUUUCCUUGGACAUGACUUGUGAUUUGGGGUUUUGGUUUGGUCGGGAAAACUUUUUAUAAUGAAUCAGGAAAAUUUGGUAGAGUUUUUUUUGCCUUUAUUAAUUUCACUUGUUUUUGUGGUUGUCAAACUGCUCAUGAUUUGAUGGAUGAUCAAUAGGAAACGUCCUAAAUGCUGCCUGCUAUGACGUGUCUGUGGAGGUUCCUGACUUUCAUAUCUUCCUCAGAUGAGGUGCCAGUGUUUCUCGAGGAGCCCAUGUCCGUGGUGCAGAAGCUCGGCGGAAGCGUCAGUCUUCGCUGCAGCGCCCGACCCGCCUCUGCCAACAUCAGCUGGCGCCUCAACAGCCAGGAGCUCUCAGAUGGAGACAUGGGUGUAGUGCUCGGACCUACCAGCCUGUUCAUCCCUGCGCUGUCUAACCUGACUCUGGGCAGAUACCAGUGUGUGGCCAGCACCGGAGCAGGAGCCCUUGCAAGUGUACCCGCUAACGUCACUGCUGCUAGUGAGUAGACAUCUAGUCUUUUCCUAUAUAAUGUCACAUAUCAAGAUGAAGUAUUGGCCCAUGAGUGCCAGUAAAUAGAAAUCCAUGUUGUCAGUGGAGGAACAUCGACUGCUGGAAGCACAGACGUCAUUCAGCGACGUCACCUGUUGGUUUUCUAAAUGAGGGUUAUUAUGGCAUUUGUCAUACUGGAAAAGCUGGUUCUAUUUGAGUCAAAAAAAAAAAACAUUGAGGCCGCGCUGUCCUGAAAAACAACUACAACAUACUCACCUGUCAGUCAAGUCCUUCCCUCCCCAAAUCAUGGUUAAUAAUUCACAACCCUUAGCCGCAAUAAUAAAGACGUAAGGUCUGAAAAUAUGAAACUGUGUUAGGAAUAAAGAAAAGAAACGUCACCCCCUCACAAAGAUUCAGACAUCAGUGGAAAAGCAUCAGUCAGGCAGCUGUUUUUCUCCGGUGUCAUAUUGAUCUAAUGCAGCUAAAGUGAAUUAUUCUCACUGCUGGUGUUUUUAGUGGUCUGAGUGUGUGGGGUUAUAUUUGAUAUGCAUCAUGGGACCAAGAGGGGGGCUUGGAGCUGUGUAACCUGAUUCAGAGGAAUGGAGGGGACUCAGGGGCCGGGGGCCGGUCAGAGCUGAGGGGAAAGGGGACCAGGACUCAGUUAGGCAGGCUGGGGGCCCCCUGCUUCCAUCGGACCCUCUGCUCCCCACAACACCACAUUCCUCACCACGGGGCCCGACAGCGAGGCUCUGCAGAAAUUAUGGCCCCAUAAUUGGUGAGAGGGUUUGGGGGAGACGAGGAUGCUGUUUAUGUGUGUGUGUGUGUUAGAGGGUGGACAGAGGAUACACCAUUAGGUAAAAAAAAACCCACUGCUGUUAGAUGUAUUGUCUUACAUGCAGGGAUGUGAUGUAUGAGGCUGCCAUAGCUGAAGAAACUGGAGGUGUUUUAGGCGCGUCGAGACAAGAUCCUCACACAAGAUGAGACGUGAUGUCACAUUCUCCGUCUCCCCCUUCACAACUUUACACACACUUUCACGCAUUUCUCUCCCUCUGCAUGUUUCACUCCUCACCCUGUCACUCUCUCUCCUCUCGUCUCCUUUCAUUAUCUCUGACUCUCCCUCCUCCUUUUUGUCAUCUUCACCUCUGCUUUGCAUUUCUCCCUUUUUGUACAAAGGGAGUAAAACGUUAUUGAUGGUUCCAAUGGUGGCUGUUGAAAUAACCACAUAUGGAGGCAGACUUUUUCACCCCCACCUCCCCCCCCUAAAAAACUUCUCUAAUUUAAUAACGGUCUCUCCUCCUCGGCCACCCCCAGACCGCCUAAGGAAUUGCUCCACGGGGAGUGUGUACGUGCUUGCCUCUCCAUUUGAGCCCUCUUAGCUGUAUGCACAUGUUUUCAGAGAGGAGGAUAGGUUGGUUCCAGACCCUCCGCGCGAUCCGACUCUGGAGGAUCUGCUCUUUUUUUGGCAGAGGUUAAAAGCUCCCUCGCUUGGAUUCUUGUGCAGACAAUCACCCUCCCCUCUGCGCAGAAAACAGAGACAUGUAUCUGCACAACGUGAACGCACAACACGUUGCACAAACAUGUUAUAAUUCAGACGCACGCAGAAACUCAUGCGCAGGCCUCCUGCUGCUCCACAUAAAGAUGAUGAAUGCAGUGUCUCUCUCGAAAUAUUUAAAGUCUGCUUUGCCAAGCAAUGCUGGUGCGGGAGGUCUGCUUCGCUUUAUGAAUACCAUCAAUCCUGCAUCCCUGCUGCCACACACACACACACACACAUUACACGUGCACUCUCAUAUGUGUGCACACACACCUGAGAUGCACACAUACGGGGUUCUUCCUGUGAAGAAUGCGGGGCAGCAGGGUUUUUUUUUCAGGGGGGUUAAAAGGUGUAACUGGAGGAAUUUGUGAGAAGGCAGGAGGAGGAGGAGGAAGGUGGGAUGGGUGGAUGUGAGAGAGGCAAAGGGGGGAGGAAGGGAGGGAGGGGGGUGACUGUAAAAACAGCACCUGAUUGAUUUAGCAAAUGGAGCGCCACACGGUCUCUUUUCAAGCUUUUUCCUCUCAACACACACACACACACACUCGCUCACUCUCACACACUCCACUUAGCUUGACAUGUUCUGGCUGGGAUUCUCAUCUUUCAGAAAAAGAGCUGAAACGGAGUCGUCCUGUAGUUGUGUGUGUGUGUAGACUCUGAUUUCUACCACUGGAGCCCCUCCCUUAGUCAUAGACGGACACAGACCCAACAUGCUCGCUAAAUGAAUCAGUUCCCUGCUGUGGAGGCGUUUGUUCAGCGCUUUGAUUCAGUCACUCUGAAGUCGUUAUCAGUCGAUUCAGGCCUUAACACAAACGUUCCUGAAUCAGAGCUGUAUGCUAAGUGUCAUCAGCUGACUGUGUGUACCAGCAGCUUCUUUCCAGAGACUGAGCAGUCUAGCCAAGAAAAACUCACCAGUCAUAGCACCUCUGGAAAGAAUGAAGAGACGCCAUGUUUGUUUAGAAUAAAUCAACAGAAGUUGGUCGACUUUAAAUCAUGUCCCUGUUGAAGUUUUAUUUGUCUUUCAUUUCAAUCCUUGACUCCUUCAUGACGAAUUUCUCUAGUUGUUGCUUUCUUUUCCCCUUCUUGUGCUGUUUUUCCCUUUUCCUCCGUCUCCUUUUCCCCCGUGCUUCAAAUCUAUAAAACGACAACAUCCCCCCUGCUGAGAUUUUCUGUGGGUUUUUCUUUUUUCUCCCUCUUAAGAGCACAGUUUUGGCUGUUUCCUCCCAAACCCAAACUGCAUAUCUUUCUUUGAAACUCUAUAGGACGGACACCUCUCACCUUUGACCCCAUGGCCAGGCCUCCUGGCCGCUCAGGCAGGGGGGGGAGUUUAAGGGGUCGGAGGUCACAUGAGUGUCUGCUCUGUGCAGACUGUGUGUCUGCGGGACACAGUCGCAGCACAUGGCCCCAGUAAUCCCACUCCGCUGUUUCCCACACAAUCUAAAGCGGCUCCAGUCGCAGUAUAAUGUUUGACAGGAUUAAUGACACCUUCUCGAGUGUUACAGACUCCACUUUCAGGCUUAUCUGGAGUGACACAAAAUGAGGAAAACAGAAUAACAACCCUCUACAAUCCUCCUUAGAAACAUCGGAAAGAAAUUACUCAAUGGAAGAAGAAAAAGGUCUGUCUUUCAAAGAGAAGGCGCACUAGACUUGUUGUGGGAGUGUGUUUUCAUACAAUGAGGACAAGCUGAUGUGAGAGAAAUUCAAUAUGGAAGCAGCCGUUUAUUAUUGCUCAGAAUCUGUGGUUUUGUUCUUCAAAAGCUGAGGACUGACUGUAUACAUGUGCCGUUAGAAGUGAUUUACAAAGCACAUUAACAUGAUGAAAGAAAGCCUGAGUGUGUCGCAGCAAACUGACUUUUCUCUCGCCUGUGUGUUUUCCAGAGCUGCGGGACUUUGAGCCCGACGACCAGCAGGAGAUCGAGGUCGAUGAAGGCAACACGGCGGUUAUCGAAUGUCACGUCCCAGAAAGCCAGCCCAAGGCUCAGGUCCGCUACAGCGUCAAACAGGAAUGGCUGGAGACAUCCAAAGGUACAGAGCUGCUCCACUUCAUUAACGUUUCCCAUAAAUCUCUGCCUGCCAGCCUCCCUCUUGAUUCCCACACUAUCUUCAUAAUUUACUGGAAUGCUAUAAUCCUGCUAUCUAGCCCAUCAUAAAGCCGGUGAUAAGGGUUUUAUCUGGAGAAUGUUGAGACAUGGGAAUGCAGUUGUUUAUUUUUGAAACUAUUUACUUCUAAGUUGCCUGGAAGAGAAGAAGAAAAGCUCCAGUGGUUUGUGGCUGGUAUGCUGAUGAUGCCUGGGAGCUGUAGGUACUGAUAUCUGCAGCUUAUCUCGGAGGAAAUGAGUGCAACAUUGAAAAGCGUUCACUCGCUGCUCUCCGUCACAUUUUUGGCGCCACCUUGUGGUUCCUGCUGAUAAUGCAAACGUGCAGAGAUGAACGAGGUUAAUGCUCUAGCUCAGUGGUUCUCAAGUCCAGUCCUCGAGGCCCACUGUCGUGCAUGUUUUGGAUGUGUCCCUGCUCCAACACACCUGAUUCAAAUGAUCAGCUCGUUAUCAAGCUCUGUAAUGGCUUAAUAACGAGCUAAUCAUUUGAAUCAGGUGUGUUGGAGCAGGGAAACAUCCAGAACAUGCAGGACAGUGGGCCUCGAGGACUGGACUUGAGAACCACUGGUCUUGCAGAAAGUACUUAGAAGUCAUGGCAAUAAAAACAUUUUAUUCAAAGUGUUUUCUUUUGUACUUCUUUUGUUAUUCAUUAUAAAUCAUGUGCUAGAGAAUAUAUAUUCUUUGUCUACAUAUCUGCACUUAGACUUGUGCACAUUAUGUUUAUACUGCAGAAACUGAGAUAUGCCACGUGAUGUUAUUGUUUUACACUUCACUCUAUCUCUGAUAAAACAAACCAUACUUAACUUUAUUUUUAGAUUUGGAUGAUCAAUACCAAUAAGUAGUGAACAGGUCCACUCUCACCUGAUCAUCUUUAGACAUUAAACAAUAAAGAAGUAUAAUUCCAUCAUUUCAUUUGCAUUACAGUUUCAUAUACAUGUUUUUUUUAAUUUCACAAUGACAUAACAACCAUAGAAAAUGUCCGCUUUUUUUUUUUUAACCACAUAAUUCCCUACCCUCCUCAUUGUUCCCUAGGGAUACAGAACAGAAAGGGGAAAACAUAUAUAUAUAUAUAUAUAUAAAAGUAAAUAAAUAAAUAAACAGUACAGAAUCAGACAAGUACAUUAAGGAGGAACAAAACAAGAGACAUAAGUAAGUCAAUAAAUAAAAAAAAAUUAUAAAAAAAUUAAAAUGACAACAUCAGUGAUAUCAAUAAACUCUAGCCAAAUGUGUAUACAUGUAGGCUGUAUAUAUGAACAUACUCAUACACAUGCAUACAUACAAAUGUGUACCUACUCAAUUACAAAUAAUGGUAUACAUGUUUUUGAGUAACCAUUAGUUAACCCCCAAAAAAUGAAAACCUAUUUUGAGUAAUGCUUUAGAUUUCAGGACACUGCAAUAAUUAACUGCAUUGAUGUGUGUAUCAUAACAGAUCUUAUAUUAAACACCAGACAGUUACAGACAUAGAUGUUUAUAUGAAGUUGUUUGGUUUCUGUCCUGCAGGGAACUACCUCAUCAUGCCAUCAGGGAACCUGCAGAUAGCCAACGCCACACAAGAGGAUGAGGGGCCGUACAAGUGUGCCGCCUACAACCCAGUAACUCAGGAGGUCAAAACGUCCACCUCUGCAGACCGUCUGCGCAUUCGCCGUGAGUCAUCGUCCUUCACAGCAUCAUGUUUUUAAUGGGAGAGCGAUUUUGCACACACAUCUUUACGAAAGUAUUAACUCUCUGUCUGUAUCUGCUCGCCAAGGCUCCACCUCCGAAGCUGCCCGCAUCAUCUACCCUCCAGCCCCCCGGUCCAUCAUGGUGACCAAAGGCCAGCGCUUGGUGUUGGAGUGCGUCGCCAGCGGCAUCCCCACUCCGCAGGUCAGAUGGUUGAAAGAUGGGCAGGAUCUGGGCUCCCAUAACAACACGCGCUUCCUGCUCAGCAACCUCCUGAUCGAUGCAGUGGGAGAGAGAGACUCAGGCACUUAUGUUUGCAGAGCAGACAACGGCAUCGGCUCGGCGAGCUCUGCUACGGUGCUCUAUGAUGUGCAAGUGUUCGGUGAGUAGUCUGGAGAGAAUCAAACUCCUUGUGUUGUGUUUUUCUAGUGCAGGAUCCCUGAUAGUUUGUUUUCUCUGUGAUUUUAUUAGCAGAGUUUUUGUGUAUCAUAGAUUUAAUAACCACACUGACUGCUGUUUGGCAGACAGAGAAGACAGGCUUUUUUUUGUAUGUGUGUGUGCGCAGUCAUGUGUGCAAGAAGCCUGUAAGCCUGGGCGGUGAUUUUUUUUAUUUUUCCAAGAAAGACUUUGUGGAGACAGAGCUCUCUUUGCUGUAGCAGGGCUUGAUUGAAUGUGUCUAGGUUAUGGAUGGCUGUUUUUACAGUGAUUUUCUGUGUGUGUGCAUGCGUAUGGCAGUGUGUGUGUGUGUGCGUGUAUGUGCACUGAAGGCUUGUCUCUCUGCAGCUGGCUCUAAUUAAAGCCAGAGAGCUGCUGUGGCUGUAAUGAGCUCUCUUUCCCUGAUUCACAAGCAGCCAACCAUCAACUAGCUGGCCUGGCCCAGCCUGCAUCACUCUGUACAACCCACUGCCACACAGCCCGAAGACACACACAAAUAAUUGUGAUAUUACUCACACACACGCAGCUUUGUUGAAACUUUGACUAUUUUAAUAACGGAUUAAGCAAUUAAGUCAUUUAUCAAACAAGAGACGUCAAACAUUCAUCGGUCGCAGCUGCUGCUCUCUUUUGUUUUCCUUAUUUGUAAAUGCAAUAUUUUCAAUUAUUAACUGCUGGCAGAAUAACUUCAUUUGAGGACGUCCCCUAAACACCCAGAGGGGGUUUAAAAAUUGUGUUUUGGACCAACAGUUGGAAAAACAUGAGCAAGGGGAUUAGGUUUAUGAAAUCAAAUAAACAGAAAAUGCGCUCAGUUUAGAAGCUGGGACAGGAAAGUGUUUCAGUCUUGUAAUUAAAAGUGACUCAAAUGAGAAUUAGACUUUAAAAUGAUUGUGGUAAAUUCAUAUAUAUUUGUCCAUCACACUUUGUCCUCAGCACACCUCUGUCUGCAUAAACAUUCAAUAAGCAAAGGGACCAGCAUUCUGAGGUCACUUUCUCUCUCCUGCAGAGCCUCCUCAGGUGACGGUGGAGCUGCAGCAGCAGCAGGAGGUCGUGUACGGAGAGACGGUUCGCUUCAUCUGUCAGGCCCGAGGUAAACCCACCCCAUCGGUGAUGUGGCUCCACAACGCCCGCCCCCUUACUCCGUCUCCUCGCCACCGCCUCACUGCCAAAGGGCUGCGCGUCACUAACGUGGGCCCUCAGGAUGACGGACUGUACCAAUGCAUGGCUGAAAACGGAGUGGGCAGUGCGCAGGCCUCCGCUCGCCUCAUCACGGUGUCAACCGGUAAGUCAGUGAGAUCAGACUGUGUUUCAGGUUUGAUUCUUUCAUUUUGCAGCCUUUAGAUUUCAUGGGGUUUGUUAUUAUCUUGAAGGGAUUUCAUCCAGAGGGAGGCUGCCCUCUAUUUAUCGACCGCUCAGCCCCGACAAGGUGCUGAGGGAGCAGCCGCCUGUGAGGCCCGGGGUUGCUGGGGCCAUGCUGCCUCUGGACUGCUCUGAGCUGCCAGGACAGAUUCUUCCUGCAGAGGCUCCCAUCAUCCUCAGCCAGCCACGUACCGGCAAGGCAGACUACUAUGAGCUCACCUGGAGGCCACGGCAUGAACGAGGAGUGCCUGUACUGGAGUAUAUGAUUAAAUACAGAAAGGUACAUCGAACAGCUCACGACUAUUUCCCAUCAAAUAUUCUCACAGCAUCAUCUAAUCUUAAACAUACGUGCUUUCCUCGUGGCUCAUCCUUGCACUCUUGUUUGUCCGUCUCUCACAGGUUGGGGACCCUCUAGCAGAGUGGACCUCCAGCAGUAUCUCAGGAGCUCUCUACAAGCUGACUUUAGCUAAACUGCAGCCAGACAGUCUGUAUGAGGUGGAGAUGGCUGCGAAAAACUGUGCAGGUUUGGGACAACCAGCCAUGAUGACCUUCAGAACUGGUAAAGGUACCACAUCCGUCCGCUUGUAGUUUGUUAGAAACAACACUUUAAAAAUCAUCACUCUUUAAUUUUGUAAGUUGUUUCAUGAGUUUGUGUUUUGGUGUUUUCAGGUCGCAAAGUGCAGAUUGACCCUCCUAAAACUCCUGCUGUUCCUUCACCAAGCCUCUCUCGUAUGUAUCUGUUCAGUCCUGGACUUUACUCCUCCCUUAUUAACUAAACUAACCAAAUAAUCACUUCUACUAAAGUAGCUCAAAAAAAGAGUUUUUUUUCUUCAUAAUAACACCCUGAACUUCUAACCGGUCUCCUUUUGACUAACACAGAAAUUUCUCUUUUCCCUUUCCCUCUGAAGGAUGAGCUCUCAGUAAGUGCUGCAUGCAGCAGGUUUUGCCUUCACCGUCAUAAUUACAGAGUGCUGUCUCUGAGUUUGUAUCUACUCUUGUCCUUUAUCUGACACCAUCCAUCUCUCUCUGCAGCUCCCGAAGCCCCUGACAAACCCACAGUCUCCACGGCAACAGAAACAUCAGCUUACGUGACUUGGAUUCCUCGGGGUAACCGUGGCUUUCCCAUCCAGUCAUUUCGGGUGGAGUACAAGAAGGUGAAGAAGGCAGGAGAGGACUGGGUGACGGCGGUGGAAAACAUCCCUCCAUCCCGGCUCUCGGUGGAGAUCACAGGCCUGGAGAAAGGUCGGCCAUCUUUGACAUCCCUUUGAACAGUGUUGUUAUUGUUCACAGCAGUUUUAUUCUGACUUUGCGGAGUCGGGGGGGAAGAGGGAGGAUGUCGCACCGUAUAAUUACAGUGUUGAUGUCCUUCAUAAUUACAUUCCCACGGCCUGUAAAUUCAUCAGCAUAAUGAGUGUUGUUACAGUCAUUUCAGUAAUUACUGCCAUCAAUCAAACCGUAACUGGGUCUCAUUUGCUUUGAAAAGAAAACAUAAAGUAAAGUGAAAAUAAACAUCAUUAGUCAGCACAAUGAGAGCUUCAUUUCAGACAGCUAGUUUCCCCCAGAGACAGAUGAGUGACAGUGAACCCUUUCUGCAGGUACAUCCUAUAAGUUUCGUGUAGUGGCGGUCAAUGUAAUCGGCUCCAGUCCUCCCAGUGCUCCUUCAAAGGCUUACACUGUGGUCGGUGGGAGGACUCAUGAGCGCCCUGUUGACGGACCCUACAUCACCUACAAUGAAGCCAUCAAUGAGACAACCAUCAUUCUGAAAUGGACGGUGAGUGGGAACAAAAAGGUUACAGGAAGUUCAUCCUUCUUUUUUUUUUUUUUCUUGAGUACAUUUUUAAAUCAUGACAUCUCCCUCUCUACAGUACACUCCGGUCAACAACACUCCCAUCUACGGUUUCUACAUCUACUACCGGCCCACAGACAGCGAUAAUGACAGCGACUAUAAAAAGGAUGUGGUGGAGGGAGACAGAUACUGGCAUUCAAUCACCGACCUGCAGCCGGAGACCGCCUAUGACAUCAAGAUGCAGAGCUUCAACGAGAAGGGAGAGAGUGAAUUUGGCAACGUGGUGAUCCUGGAAACAAAAGGUGAGGUCAUCUUUGUUGAGAAGUAGCAGCUGCGUACAGUUUUAGUCGCAUAGAUUUCAGGAUGAUUCAUCAAGAAGCAGAACAGUUUUCAAAGUCUGACUCUUAUUUGAAACCCUUUUUCAAAAUUUUGUCCCCCAGCUCGUCCAAAUCAGCAGAGACCUACUCCAUCAGAGACCCCAGACCAUGGGUUAGGACCUGGACACGGUCUGGUGCAGCGGCCAGGUGACCUCCCCUACCUCAUAGUUGGCAUUGUUCUAGGAGCCUUCGUCUUCAUCAUCGUUGCCUUUAUCCCUUUCUGCCUUUGGAGGGCUUGGGCCAAACAGAGUGAGUGCUCCUCACAUAUCCUCACAUCUUUGCAGAGCUCCAAAGGUUCAACUUUCAUCUUUGUAAUUCUCUUUUUGUGUUUAUUUCAGAGCAAACCUCAGAUCUGUGUUUUCCUGCUGUUGCCGCUCCUGUCUCGUCAUGUCAGUACACCAUGGUCCCUCUUCAGGGACUCGCUCUGGUCGGCCACUGCCCACUGGACGGUCACAUGACGGCUCCACAUGUUGUUUAUCCUGCUAAUGGAGAAUACACUCCGAAUGGCAAGCUUCACCACCCCACACACUGCCUCCCUGGGCUGCAGCAGGUAACGACACAGUCUGAAGGCUAAAACAUACAGGAUCCGUAUCGGCGGUGUUAUGUAUCACGCAGCAAAUAGGUUGCCAUUCUAAUCAAUGCAGCAUCGCUUACCGGACGCGCAUCGGCAUCACAUCAGUAGCAUAUAAAGAGUAGCGCUGAAGAUACAUGACGAGUCUAUUUUUGCUGUGAAUGAUUGUUGUUCUGACAGUGCUGAGCAAGUAACUGAGGUUUUCUGGUGUUUUAUAGGAGGAGGCUGACUGUGAUAUGGAGUGUGACACGCUGUUACCACAGACAGUGUCAAAUGGUCAUGUGCCUGUUUACCACUACUCCACCAGGUAUGUUUACUUCCUAAUCUCAAACAGUCUGUGCCCUUGUGAUGCAGUUAAAGCAUGUUUUUCAUAAUCAAGAUUGUUUAGGCUGCUGCAGGUCAUUGUCACAUUGUCAGCCAACGUAUAAACUGCUUAAGAUGUGCUGGUUCCUUCUGUUUAUGAACUUUUUCAAUAUUAAAUGCGUAAAAGCAAACAAGACCAUGGGAAACACAACUUUUUGCAGUAAUGUAAAAUGCCUUAAACAGCUGGGAGGAGGAGCCACCGUAGAAAAAGCUUUUUUUAAAAAAUUUUUUUUUUACAUUUUCUACAUCAAAUAUUCACAAAAUAAUAGAUUUGACUGUCAAAAGCCAACAGGAGGAGAUUUACAUUAGAGGACACGACUCAAGCAAGUUUAGGGACAAGAUGAGCACAUACUGCUGUGUCCACAGGGGGCGCCAAAACUGACACAAACAAAGUCACUUGCAGGAGCUUUUAGCUAUUCUCAGAAAUAAUAGAUAAAUAAACCAAAAAGUUCAGAACUUUACUGCCAAGCUUGCAGAGCAAAAGCAGCAUGUUAGCCUGGUAUUUGAUGAGCCAUGAUGCAUUAUCUAGUGUUGGUUUUAUGCAGAGCUGAGUACUGUAGGUGUUUAGUGCAGAACUGCAAAAGUAGACUUGAGGUGUGAGGAUAUUAAACAUUCGUUAAAGCCUUUUUUUGAGAAUCCCACGAGCACCAGCUGACAGUCGAACAGCCCCGAGGUCCUCAGUUGUAGCGUGCUCCUGUACUGAGACCUGCUUUUUCAGCUGGUUUUAGAAGCUUUGCCUUCUGCUUUAUAUUAAUACGAGCGGGACAAAGAUGCAGGUCUGUUUGGGUUUGCUCCCCACCGGCAUGGCUCUGUAUUCGUGAGAGUGGGGAGGUAAGGGCACUCAGUGGAAACUAGAAUUUGGUGCUUGAUUGCUCUUAGCAAAUUGUUGAAGACAAGAACAAGAAUUUAAUUUUACUGCCCAGGGACGCCCCCCCAAAGCUGGCUAGGUUUUUUUUUCCACUGGCUGAUUACUCCAUUUGUUUGUGGAAAGCCAUGGCCCAUAUACUAACCUUUUUUAUUUUUCUUGUUACUCCCUCAGUGGCUCGGACCGUAACGAACAAACUUGCUGUCCUCCAGACGACUCCACUCUGCAGCUCCUCGACGCCACAGAUCAGCACCCCAGUUUACCAGAGAUGGGAGGUGUUGGCAGCUUCUGUGGUGGAGGGAAAGGAGAGGAUUGCAUCACUCAAAGUAUAAAUGGAUUUUUAUCGCUGCAAUGCAAAUAUGAACGGAUAAUUACAGGGAAUAUGUAAUACAUAUAACAGAAAGGUGUAGAAAGAAGGGAAACCUUAAUAUUUUUGACUGUUUGAAACUUCUGGUGUAGACAUGUUUGAGUAUCAAUCGAACCACAAUUGAUCUCUUUCUUCUUCCUCUUGCAGAAUUAUCAUCCUUUCCUCUUCUUUCUCUGGAGGAUGAAGGGAUUUUCACCACAUCGUCUUCAGCAGCUACAACACCACAAUCCCAAGACACAACAAUACAGGAAGUGAACAUCCUCCCGAAUGAAACAUCCCCUGAGAACACGGGGACGGCCAAUACGACAGAUGCAUAAAAGACUGUUACGCAAACAGAAGAAAAACAAGAGAAAAUAUUUAUUUUUGUAUCACAGAUAUUUAUAUAUUUAUGCGUUUGUACAUAAGUGUCUGAUUGUACUGUAUAUAAGGUAUUUUUAUAGUGAAAGAGACUCUAUUUUCACGCUGUCACAGAGAAAGGGAGCACCGUGUUGCAUUUCUGUUCUGCGGAGGAAAUUAAGUUUGAGACGUUAUUCCUUAUGUGAAGAUCAGUCAGGGGAUUCCUCUUUCUUUUAGCACUUCAUGUUUAGACCCUCCUCACAUCAUUCCUCACAGAAGUCCUCCAUCCUCACUGUUUGGACCUUAGGUACUUAGCUUUAUGUACAAGAGAAACAAAGGGACCAUUCAAACAGUCUGAUGCUGUAAUUAUGAGGUGCUUGGUUGCUGUUUAGAUCCGUUGCUAUGUCACAUUUUCAAAAUACAAGUCUGCCUGUCAUUUUGUAUAGCAAUAACAAAUGUAUUAUGCAUUGCUCAUCAUUAACAAACUAUUAACAUGUGUAUGCAACAUAAAUCAUUCUGUCCAGUAGUGUACAUGAGAUUAUAUAUUGUAUAGUUAUUUAUUUUUGAUGUUAUUUUUUUAAAUCACUGAAUGGGAGAGAUUCUGGAAAUUAUCUGAAACUCAGUCAUAGAUAAGCUGAACUUUAAACUGCAACCACUUCUGUGUUUACUCAUUUGCUGGUUACCAAAUGACUGCCAGGUGAGGGCGCUGUGACAGGUGUGUCAGUAUUAUUCCUCCCUCACAGGUUGGUGCAUAAGUAUUAGUCUUUGCCAGAGACAUCUGCAAUCGAAAUGAAGGAGAUCCUGAAUCUACACUCUCACUUAGAGGUGUGGCCGUCCUGUGGCUGCACAUGCUGGAGCACUAUUGCAUGUAAAUAAAAGCUUAUGAAAUUGACAAGUGAUUUGUUUUUUUUUUGUUUUUUUGUACUUGUGACAGUGAAAAACUGGAAAUACGCUCAAAAAUUCCUCUGAACUUUUUUAACCCACCACUGGAUUCAACAAGCCAUGCAAAACUGAAGCGCCAUCUAGUGGUACAAGAAUCACAUGAUUCUUCAGUUACAAAUUUCUCCUUAAAAACUUUAUUAAUCAAUUUUGUAUUUACAAAUACAUACAUAAUCUAACAAUUCUGAUAUGAAACAUUGGUAUUUACAAAAUAGCUCUAAGAAAAAAAAAACAUUCUGUACAGUUUAACCUGAUAUAAGUUAGCAUAAUAUAAAUUACAUUGGUUGGUAACUGCAGAGGGUUUCUGCGAGAUGAAAGGAUUCAUUGAAUUUAAGUUUGAGAGAUAAACUUGAUUCUGACAGUUGCUUAGAAAAAGGGCUUUCAAAGGUUCACAUUUUACUAUAAACUUAAAAUCAAAAGAUUUCAAACAACUUUGAUAUCAUAAUCGUGCAAGGGGGGGUGAAUUUGAGACUGAAACCGCAGGAACAUAAAUAAAGACGACCACUUUAAGACAGACGUGGUGUUAUUAGAAAUUAGAAACCGUUCUUAUGAGCUUUACCUCUUCCUAGGAACUUAUCAGACAAUUUAGAGAACACAAGUGAUAUGAACUUCUCCCCUAAAAAGUUCCAGUUCUUAAAAUAGCAGCAGGACUCUCCUUAGACCGCUGAGCUGCCGUCAUGGCCCAGUAUGUGGCUGAUGUUGUGGGCUGGACGGUUGGGCUGUUUGCCUGAGUCGGCGGAGGAAGUGUUGGAGAGAGACAGCAGGGGGGACAUGGGCAUGGCUGAGCCAUCAGUGGGCAUGCCGGUGGCGAUUUCUGGGAACAGUGAUGUGAGGCUGAAGUUGGAAAUGUGAGGUGUGAUCCCAGAUGAGUUGGCGAUGGGCAUAGGGGGCAUAUCUGGGAGCAAUGGGAAGCUAGCCUGCCCAAAACCCACAGGGCGAGGUGGGGAGAGGAUGGAGCCAAAGCGGUUGUUCAGGGGUGGGGCGCUGCCCUUGUCAGCACUCGGGCUUGUAAACAUUUGGUUGGGGAAAUAUUGGAGGGUGACAUCACUGGGGAGGCUGGGGUGAGCAGCAGGUGAGUAGGAUGGGUAGAAGGAAGGUAAAGUGUUCUGGGGCUCCACAGGCAGGAGCGAAGGAGUACGGGAGGCGUUGGGCUGGCUGACAGGAGGGAUGAAUGUGGAGUUCGCAUUGAUGGGAGGAGGGGGAUUCAUCCCUCCUUCAGGUAUAAAGGGGAAACCAAAGUUCUGGGUCAGGUGUUGCUCAGGAACCAAGUUGUUGUCAUUUGGAACCUGAGUACUAUCUGCCAUAAAGCGAACAAUAGUGCUUCGCCUUGCCUCUCCUCCAGACUGAGGCCUACUGAGCAGCACACCUCCACCUGAGGGCAGAGGCAGGUGACCCUCAGGUUCGAAGGGGUUACUCUGUCUCAGAGCUCCAGACCGAGGCCGGUCUCCAGGUCUCAGCUUGGUGGGCUGAGUAUCCCUGGGGAUGUGGCGGGAGUGCUGGCUGACAGCAGGAGGCGGUCUGGAGGGGGCAGAGGAGCGUCCUGGCUCAGAGCUGCUGUGUGGAGUUGGAGGGUGGGGUAGACCUGCUCGCACACCUGGACCCCCGUGCAUAUUACUGCUGACCUGAGAUAUGUGGCCCUUGUUACCCUCUCCAAGCCUCAUAGCUGGUGCUUUCUGAGUCUGGGGCACACUAGGACUUGAAGUCUUCGCCUGAAUGUCUCCUGAAGAGCUUCCAGGCACACAGCUGUAGUCCAUACUGACUGGGGGGCAGCACUGCACCGCCCGCUGAUGAUUGCUCUGCUCAGGCAGGUGGGGGGAGAGGAGGCUUUGCAUGAAACUUUGGUGACAGACCUCCUGGUCAUUGGCCAGUGCUGGUCCUACCUGAACUCCUUGUGGGCCAGGAUGAGCUGCACUGUAGCCGCCACGGCUCCUAGCAUCUGCUGGGGGCCCAACACCCAUCCUGAAGCCCCCCUGCUGCUGCCCCUGAGGGCCCCUUUGAGAAGGCGGCACGGACUUAGGAGUCAUGUCACUCCCACGAGACACCUGUGCUUCAAAACCACCAAGUUGAUGAGCACCUCCUCCCAUGGUUUUGAACGGAGGACACUCAGAGACCCUCUGGACAUCAGCGGACCCUGGGUGUUCAGGAGGGAGUCGAUUCUGUUGGUUGUGUGGGAUGCUGGUCUUCCCUCGUGAUGUGUCCAGGUAGCCUCGCAGGUCCGGCUGCUCUUGAGUGGCACUGCGACCGGGCUGGAGGUGGAGACCCAUGCGCUGCUGCUGUUCACCACUGGUGGAGGUCUUACCAAUGAGCGCCUCGGCAGAGUAGUUAGAGACACGAUGACGUUCCUGCCGUGAGGGAGCACAGGACAGAUCAGACGACCGGGACACGGGAUUACUGGGAGGCGAGAUGAGCUGCUGAUCCAAAGUCCUGGAGCUCAUCAUCCUCUGCAUAGCAUUAUGGUCCUGACCAGACUGGAAAAGGAAAAAAAAACUUUGGGUAACUUUUGUUCUUUGAAUAUUAAAAGGAAGAAAUGUGAAAAAUCAAAACUUUUCUGUAGACUACAUGUUGAUUAGUCAGCUCCACAGGGAAAUCAAAAAUUCUAGCGUGCAAAAACCAGUGAAACACCAGACAGAGAUCAUAGUGGAGAUUAAUAUUAUGGAGUGUUUGACAUUUUCCCUGAGAUGUGCCAGUGCUAAGUUUGAGAGGUAUUGGGAACCCUGGAAAUCUUAUACAAAUUUAACGAACGGAGAGUGCUCGUCUCAUCCUGUCUCUAUAAAUAUGUGUCCCCACAGCCCAGCUUUGGAUUUACAUUUUGGAAACAAACAUUUUUGUGAGUUAUUGCAUUCUAAGCCUGUAACGACCCUGUCUGUUACCUUCUUUGUUAUUUUCCUUUUGUUGCUUGUUUAAUGUAAAAAAUAUAAUCAUAAAAAUAAAGUAUUAAUAAAAAACAGUGAAACACAAAUAAACAUUGCAGUAUGUUUCCAAUCAUACUGCAGACUAUUUUCUACCAUGUGACACCAACCUUCAGGUGCUCCUGCUGGGCCAGGUGGCUGCUGUGGUGUCCUCUGGAUCCUGCAGCCUGGGCCUCACAGCUCUUGUCUUGAUGCCUGAAGUGCUGCUGCUGCUGCUGCUGGAUCUGCUGCUGCAGGUGUUGUUGGUGUCUGGAGUGGGAGCUCUGCUGUUGCUGUAGCUGCUGCUGCUGUUGUUGUUGUUGGUGUUGUUGAUGCGUCUGCGUCUGCUGCGGAUGUGUCUGCUGUUGGUGCUGCUGAGGAUGAGACUGUUGGUGUUGCGCCGGCUGCUGAUGCUGUUGUGAUUGUUGGUGUGGCUGUUGUUGAUGCUGCUGAGUGUGCUGUUGAUGCUGUGACUGUUGUUGAUGUGCAUGCUGCUGCUGAACUCCAGACUUUUCCAGGUGAUGCUGCUUCUGUUGCAGACCAGCAGGUGAUCCAGUUUGGCCUCCUCUGACAAGUCCCCGUUUCUUCUGCACAUGCUGUUGAUGCUGCUGCUCUUGCUGCUGCUGCUGUAGCGCCCUCUGGUGUAACGAGUGGCGCUGUGCUGGGUCUGGCUGUGUCAGGUGGUGCUGCAAAUGAUACAGAUGGUGUCUCUGAUGGUCUUGCUGCUGCUGUUUCAUGUAAUGAUUUCCUCCCAGGUGCUGGCCAGACUGGGUCGAGGCGUGCUGUGGGUGACCCUGGGGCAGAUGCAGCACACCUGGCUGGCUCUGCUCAGGGGGGGCCUGUGGCGCACAGUGGCCAUCAGUGGGUCGAACCACUGGGCUCAUGAAGGCGUUUGUGGAGAAAAGUGGGCCUCCGCUCUCUGUAUUAAUCCUCGUCAUGAUAGCUGAGGACGUUGGCGGCAGCUGUCCCAUCAUCUGGCUGUGGUCUGCUGCUUUCACAUCCAUGUGGCUAAUAGCGGGAGCCGAUGGAGGACAUGGUUUGGGCCGCUUUCCCGUGUUCAGCAUCACCUCCUCCUGGGCCUGCCGCUUGGAGAUGAUCUUCACUUGUCGCUCCCCAACACCAACUCCGGCCUGGGCUCUCAUUAGUGCUGUUUUUAAGGGGGUGUACUCAUUUAGCUGAGCUGCACCUGAGCAGGGUGAGAGGGUGUUGUUUGAGGGCUGGGAUAUGUGGGCUGAUGGCCCAGCAGGAGAGGGGGUCGAGCCUUGCUGGCCGCUCAUACUGGGAGAACCUGGGUAAGGCUGUUGACUGGAGCUGGGACGGAUCAAGUUGUUUACACUGAGGCUUGCCACAGUGCCACUCUGGGACUGGACCUGAGACAGAGGCUGAGACUGGGAGUACGAGAUGUUCUGUGGGUGUCUGUUUCCACUGGGACCGCUCACUGUUACCUGUGCAGCAGGUUUAACACUUGCUGUCUCCAUGGGUUUAGGUACUUUUUGCUGCUGUCCAGCUGAGCCUCUCUCUUUACUGCUGGACACUGGUGGGGUUUUUGGGGGCUCCCAUGAGGCUGUGGAAGGAUUGGCUGAGGUUGUGUUGUCGCCACUCCGCCUGCUUGGACUGUCUUGUUCAAGCAUGGCCAAAGCCAGCAUCUCUGCCUGCUCAGAUGUGAAUGUAAAUGUCCCGAACGAGCCGGUUGAUGCACUGAUACUGUGGCCCUGAGGAAGCAUCGAUGCAACUGAGAACCCUCUUCCUCCCCCUGCUCCCGUUGACAUCGGCGAAUCCGUUUGUCUGCUCGAUGUUAUUGGAUGCUCUAUAGUUUGAUUGUCAAGAUUUGUGUACACCUGUUGUGAUAAGGUUACGUCCUUUCGGGAGGGGGGGUCUGAAGCUGCUGCCACCACAUUUUCUUUCUCGACAGCUUGGUUUUGUCUCUCUUCCUGAGCCUCCCUUUCUCUUCGAGGGGGCUGGACUGGCUUGACUUCAGUGGGCUGACAGGUGGGAGGGUUGGGUAAAUCAGUCUGCUGGGCAGGGGCUCUACUGGUACUAAUCCUUUUCCUAAACUCUGAACUUGUUGUGGGAGCUGUCACAGAGCUGUGGGCAGCAGAAAAGGUUGCUGUGGAAGUCGAUGAUAGUGCCACAGUUGUGCAAACCAAAGGAGAAACCGUCUUUUGGGGUUCAGGUUUAGUACAGGGCAGAGGAGUUUGGGUAUUAGAUCCUUGGGGACGGCAUACUGACGCAGGCUGGGUGGGCUGAUGUGAAGAUACACGUGUGGCUGUGGGGACACUGCUGGUGCCAACAGAAGUCAGACGUACAGUAGAAACAGAGGUGGGAGUAUUCUGAGUGUCCGCGGCAGAGCUGACCACUGAUCUGGUCUGUUUUGAAACAGGAGGCGAGGCAGCUGGCUUCGUUUGUAUCGCGCUAGCUGCUGAACUAGUGGCUGGCUGUUUAACCUCUGGCAUUGGGAGUUUGGUUACAGUCGAGUUGCUGCUAAAAACUGUAGCUGGUUCACUUUCAGAGACCACAGCUUCUCUUACUGAGGGUUUGACUGAUGUGACAUCAACAGUUGUGACGGCAGGUGCCACGCCACUCUUACUUGUGUGAACAUCAGUCUGAGUUUCACCUACAGAGCUUUUGUCCUGCGGGUUGGGUUGACCUAAUGUACUUGUCUCAUUAGAGGAACUACACACAAUCAUUACCUGUGAGUUUUGUGUAGAUGUGACAUUAUCUGUAGUUUCGCUACACACAGUAUUGAUGGCAGCUGUGGUGCGAGUGGAGGGACUAUCUGUAACCUUCACAGUCGAGGAUUGCAAAACUUGUGAUGCUGUAACCUGAACCAUCUGAUUUUGUCCUGGUGUAGCCUCUGGCUCGGCUACAACUGCAUGCUGGGCCUGACUGAGCUCUUGUUUCUUGGCGGCUUUAGUCCUCUUUGCUGUUGCACUCUUUGCGCUCGCAUUUGAGCGAAGCCUUUUUCCUGCAGGCUUAGAGGCUUUAACCACCAACCCUGAUUUUACUUGGUUCGAACCAGGGACUUGAAGCUGCCGGACAGGUAGAGCAAGAGUAGUUCCAGGGACAGACGCUGGAGCAGGCUGUUUCUGCUGGACAACUGAUGAUGGAACAGCUGGAGGUUGACCAUUGUUCUGGGUUGUGAUGGUAAUUGGAAGGCCCUGAGAGAUGCUCUGAUUGAGACUGCUGAGCGCCCCUAAACUGUUGAGGGCCACAUUGGUAGUUGGUUCCUCUGUGGUGGUAGGCUGAACCAGCUGAAGUGUACUCUGGCCACUCUGGGAGGCUGAUUUGUCAGACGUCUUCAUGGGCUGCAGCGCGAAUACCUGACCGUUCACAGUGAUAGUCUGUGGGGUUGAGGGUACAGGUGGGGAAGAGGAGGCCUGUGUGACCUGAAGCGGUUGGUUCAUUUGGGGCUGAACGGGGCGUGGUAAAAUGUGCACCAGCUGCUUUCCUCCAAUGCCCUGUAAUGAAGACGAUGUUGUACUGCUGGUUGUGGGUAUUUGAGGAACUGCACUGGGUACCAUGCCAACCUGAGGAUUAUGGGCGGCAGGUGUGACCUGAUUGGGUGCCUGAAUAAUGACAAUAUGCUGACAGGGUGUCUGAUUGGUUAAUUCAUCUCUUACAACUGACUGGGUCGGGCACGCACUGGCCUGUUGCAGGAUGACCACACUCGGGUUGUUAGUGUUUUGUGGCGCUGUUGCACCUGAAGCUGUCCCCCCAGUGGGGUUAACCUGUAGCACCUGCAUGGUCUGAAGAAGAGGAAGAACUGUGGCCUGUGGUUGAGGUACCAGUGUUUGCUGGGGGAGGGGCUGAGGCUGAGGGAUGAGAGCUGUUGUAGGAUGGGGAACCAAUGAUGCUGGCUGAAGUACAGCAGGCUGGGGUUGUGUCACGACCGCAGGAUGGGCCACGACAGCAGGCUGGGGCACUAUUGCUGAAUGGGGAAGAACGGCACAUUGAGGUUGGGGGGCUAUGACAGGUUGAGGCUUCGGGUGGUUCAGAAUUGCUGGCCGUAGCUGAGGUGGACUUUGAAAGGGCUGUGCUUGGAUGUGAGCUGUUAUGGGUGCUUGCUGUACAGGCACAUGUGAUUGCAUCUGUAUUUGAAUGGGCUGAACAGAAGGUUUGGAGCCCAGUGGACACACAGUCACCUGCUGCACAGCCUGGCUGGUGUUGAUGACUUCUUGGGUGGGGACACUCUGGCAGACUGGCUGCACUGUGUUCCCCGCCAUCUGCAGCGUUGUCCAUGUCGUCUGUGUGCUACCUGCCGCCCCUGCUCUUAGAAGAGCUUGGCUGUUCGGGAUUGCAGUAUAACUUAAAGUCCUGAUGGCUGUUUCUUGAGUGGCCCAAGAGCCAGCUUCAGAGGCUGUGGCUUUCAGUGUCGGUAUAGUCUGGGUGAGAGUUGCUAGAGUGGUAACAGGCUGAGCAGGGCUUACUCUGGGUAACUGUGAAGCUGAAGUGGCUGCUAUACUGAUGGUUUGGGCUGGGGCAGCAGGCUGUGUUUCUUGGGGCAGGGCUGUGGAGGCUGCAGGGACUUUGAGGGUGAUGUAAGACACAGAGGGUGGCAGAGUGGGUGCAGCAGUCGGGGUCUCGACCACACAUUGCUCUAUCACGCUCAGGCCUGGUGCAGACUGAAUGGGUUUGACAGUAGACCCAGGAACAAGUGCAGGGGUGGAAGAUGAAGUAUUGACUUGCAGCACAGCUCCGUUAACCCUCAGACUGGAGCUGACCUCUGAAGAUGGCUGAAGGAUUAAUGUCUCAGAGGGCUGUUUCCCUGGACUAGUCUCCUUCCCUGCUGGGCACAUCACAUUGCCGUUGGAAUAGACGAUGAUCCCCUUUGGAAGUUGGUGCGUUGGGGUAACCUUAGCAACCUUGGUGCAGCGCUGUUUUCCCUUCCAGUGAAUGGUGGGGUCCUCCAGGAUGUUGAUAUCGUGGGCUUUGAGAAGCUCAAUGUAGUGAGCACUCUCCCUCCUCAGCUCCUCCAACUGACGUCGCAGCCGCCGUAUCUCCUCAGCUGCCAAGACCAAAGAAACGCACAAUCAGAUGAGGGUAUGUGGUCAUUUGUCAAGGCUUCAAAUACAUAAACUUUAUAAUCACACCGUCAUUACUUGAAUUACUAUUAAACUUGAGAAUAUUUGUGAGAAAAUGAAAAGUCACCUUGAACUUUAUCACCUCCUUCUAGAAGCAUUGUAUCAUUUUGUUUUUUCAGUUCAGCGAUGUAGUGAAAAGCCUGGUCCAAGAUCAUGUUCUUGCUCUAUUGACAAUGAUAUAAAGGACUGAUGUUAAUAUAUGUGGCACAGCUAUUCUCAACAAACACUAGUUUGACCUCCGUGUUCCUCAAAGCAGUAACAGCAGCUCAUCUCUUACCUGCUUCAGUGCCUGGGAACAGGGCAGGAGGUCUCCAAUGCGGUUUAUCCCAGCAUUAAUCUUUUCUUUUCUGUGUCUCUCAACUAAACAAAAGCAAAAAGAAAUUGAAUAUUUACUUAUACUUGAAGUGACACCUCUGUUCAUUAGAGAACAGAGUUUGAACAAAAGGUUUGAAGCAAAAUUUAGUUCACCUGCAUUGUGAGACUCUUUGUUUUUCUUUUUUCUGUAAAAAAAAUAAAACAAAAGUUCACUCAUGUUAUCCUGCCAAGUGUAAAUAUUUGGUUGAAACCACAAAACAGCAUAUAAACAAUCCUUACUUGGGUUUACGACCAGGUGUCUGGGUUUCAGUCAUUUCUGGCAUCCUGUACUAGCAGAUGCCCUUUCGAGAAAGUACCAGUCAACACAUUUAACAGCUUGGCUUCAGAUCCUUUUCAUGCCCACUCUGAAAGACAAUAUAUACCAUCCAGACAGAUUAUGAAGGUGUGGAAAACAACGACUGGUCAUAACAUUAUAAUUAAUCUAUUAUUAGCAUUAGAUUAUUAUUAAUCUAAUGCAACCCAAAAUACAGCAGCUCUUAAAGCUUUAUGUUCUUUUUUGUUGAGAUGAUCAGAUAGGUGGUAAUAUUUAUUUAUAUAGUGCCAAUUCACAACAGUCGUCCCAACCUAAGAUGGGAUUUGAUCAAUCUCAUCUAACAUGAGUGACAGUGGCAAGGAAAAACUUCCUUUUAACAGGCAGAAACCUUGAGCAGGACCAGACUCAUGCCAGACAGCCACCGAGAGAGAGAAAGAGAGAAGUGGUAAGAGGGCAGGGGGAGAGAAAGAGAACAAGAUAGAGGGAAGGAGAUUGAGAAUGAGUAAGGGAAAGGGAGGGAGAGAGAGUAGAGAACGAGGGUCACGGGACAGCAGCAACAUUAAAACAACAGCAGCUCAUGUAAUGGUGAAACAAAAUGAAUUCAGUUUGCAGGGUUAAGAUAUGUGUAAUUAUGGACUAUGUUAAAUUAAUUUAAUGUGAUUACAGUCAGCAGGCCUAAUAGUAGUUAACUCUAGUUUUAUGUUCAGUGAGGCUGACUUUACACUUGUCAGAGAGGUAGUGAGCCUUGGUGGUGUACUAGAGUGUAUAAUAAUGGGAGCUGUUCCUCAUAUUCUGUCUACUUCAUUAAUAAACAAGAUGGAGGCCAAAAUAUUAGGAACACCUUUCACUAUAAAUGCACUACAGUUCACCAUUAGUAAUCACGACAGCUUCCACGAGUAAAUAACGUCCAAAACACGACUAGGUACAUAUUGUAUCAGAAGAGCUGUCGUGUAAUAAGUAAAGGAACAGAUAUCGGAGGUUUAAAAGCCCUUUUAAGCUACACUAAACCCCAAAGAGAUGCUAAUAAGCUGCUGUAGACAAACAUAUCAUGUACAGUUAACCUGAGCUUAACUACCUGUUUAUGCCAUUAUAAUUACAGGACAGGCAGGUAUAACUUUAUAUUUGCGUUAGGACUCGUAGAUAUUUCAGUUUUUAUCUCUUCACUUCACUAAAACCAAACUAAACAACCUAGUCAAUUAAUUAUUCAGCUAGCUCUCUGUUAGCACGCUGGCUAACAGCUAGCCAGGCUUCCCGUCACCGACCCUGUUAUCAAGCAAAUUAACAUGAGACUUCUCCGCGUUUAUACUCCUCUG